CGCGCGCGCGGCCGGCCGUUAACCGCCAUCCGUCUCGCCCAGGUGCCGGCGGCCGCCAUGAGCAGCGGGGCGCGGGCCCGCGGCAGGAGGAGGGCAGCACGGCCCAGCCCGCCUUCCCCCGCCAGCUCUGAGGGCGAGGAGCCACUCAGCUCUUCCUCAUGCUCCCAGCUCUCCCCCGCUUCCCGGCACAGCUCCCGCAGCUGCGAGGAGGAGGAAGAGGGGGAAGUGGUCUCCCAGAGCCAGAAAGGCAAUAGAAAGGCUGAAGACCCUGAAGUAAUAGGGGGAAGAAAUCAUUCACCUUUGAAAGAUAAUCUUUCACCGUGGGAGGAAUGGUUCAUUUGCAAAGAGAAGGAACUACGUGCCCGCAUACAAGCUAGAGCUCUGGAGGAAAUUAAUCUACAGCUUGAGAAAAUGAAAGAAAAGCAAGAAUCUGAAAGGAGGAGGAGGAUAGCUGAAGAGAAGCACAAGGAAUGGGUGCAAAAAAAAAGAGAAGAGGAAAGAAGGGAAAGGGAACAAAAGCUGAGCAAAGAAAUGGCAGAAAAAGCCACAAGGGAACUAGAAAAAAUGCAGUUACAAGAAAAGUCCAAAGUAAAGUAUAAAGAAUGGUUAAAGAAGAAAAGAGCUGAAGAGUCAGAAAAGAAGAAGAAAGAGAAGGAAAAAGAAAAAGAAAGGGAAGCUGAACUACAAGAGAAGAAAGAGAGAUCUGAGAAGAUCUUUAAGGAAUGGCUACAUAAUGCUAGAAAUAAAACACGCCCUGUUUUAAAUGGUUAUGGCUACCUACCUGGGAAGUCUACAGGGUAUCAUGAUGGAAUUUCAUAUCCAGCUCCAGCAUAUUGUAACCCCAUUCCUUGGAAACCAAUACCUGUACCUCCUCCAAAGGAAGACAGAAUCGUUACCAUGAAGAACAGCAAGAGAUCUGUUUACUCUCAUUCACAUAGGUCUUCACCUAUGGUAGUUUAUAAGCCCCAAAACAACCUUUCUGUUGGAUCCUUAUGCAGAAAGCAGUUAUAAUAGAGCAAUCAAAAUCAUUAUAAGCUUGAGUGACCUGGGCCAUAAAUAUGAAGUUAAACAUCCAAAAGAGUAUUUAAAAACUACAACUUUUGUGAACAGGCUUUGUAUUGAAUGUUAACUAACCAAUCAGCUUAUUAAAGGACUUUUUAUAUGUUGAAUUUUAUUAAAAAGUUGUAUUUAGCCAUUUGAAA